CCUGCGUCGGACUGGGCAGUGUUGCUUUUGCAGGGAUUGUUAUUGUGAUCGUGCGGGUCCACCAUGGAGGAGCUGAGCGCCGUCGGCGAGCAGGUUUUCGACGCCGAAUGCAUCCUCAACAAAAGACUGCGAAAGGGAAAGUUGGAGUUUCUGGUCAAGUGGCGAGGGUGGUCGUCCAAACACAACAGCUGGGAGCCCCAAGAGAACAUUCUUGAUCCCAGACUUCUGGCGGCCUUCAACAAAAAGGAACAAGAGAAGGAGUUUCUCAUACGGAAUCGCGGUAAAAGGCCGAGAGGACGACCGCGAAAAAUUCCCAAGAAUGUUCCGGAGGCCGGAAAGUCCAACAGCUCUUCCUCGGGUUCCUCAUCCUCAUCGUCCGAUUCCUCGUCUUCAUGCUCCUCCUCAUCCUCCUCCUCCUCGGACGACGAGGACGAGGAACGGCGAGCGCGCGCCGGGAUCCCGACCCGAGAGCUCCACCCCAAUCCCGUCCCCCAGAAGAAAGCGCAAAUCGUGGUGGCCAAGCAGGAACCGCCCAAAAAACGCGGUCGCAAAUCUCUGAGCAAAGGCUUUCGGAAAAGCCUCAAGAAGGAUUCCGAGCUUCCUGGCGCCAUCAAGAAGCCGGUUCACCUGGCCAGCUUCGCCUUCAUGGGCUUCAACCGGGGUUCCCCGGCCCACGGGGGGACCUCCAGAAACUCCUUGAGCUCACCCGGAUCCGGCAGAUCGAUCCCAACUUCUCCCGUCCCGCUGAUGAAAUCCAGCCCGGGCAGGAGCGUCACAGAAGGGAAAGUGCCCACCCCAAGGCUGGAUCCGUUCAAACCCAGAGGGGUGGAGUCCUUCACCUUGAACGCGUCCAAACAUCACGUACCGGGAUCGCCCCAGCGUAGCACCAACUCCCCCAGUCUCCAAAAGGCUCACGUGCUCCAGAGAAUUAGCAAUGCCAAAGCCAUGGCGGUCCAAGCGGCAAAGAACAUCACCACCACCAAUCAGCCUCUCAACCUUCUCAACAAAGUCACGCAAGGCAACAAAUCACCAGGUUCUGGCCUAGGUUCCGCUUUGAGAAACAGCCCACACCCUGCCCGCAAAAGCAACCAAAACCCGGAGUACAAAACCCCGCAGAGUCCCGCUUCCCCGGGAGGAACCCGCAAGUCUGACUUGACGGAGAUCCAGACCUACAGGGGGAAGCUGGACAAAAACGAGCUCCAUAAAUCGGAGAACCACCUGGAAAGAGCGGCCUCCAAAGACGGCAAGAUGAGCACGGGCGAGGACGAGAGCAGCUCCGACUCCGACCGGGACUCGUCGGACGCCGGCCGGGAGCGCCUGGCGGCAGUCCACAACCAAGACUGGAAGCCCACCCGCAGUCUGAUAGAACACGUGUUUGUCACAGACGUCACCGCCAACCUGGUCACCGUCACGGUAAAGGAGUCGCCCACCAGCGUGGGAUUCUUCAGCAUCCGCAACUACUGACUGGACCGCAAACACUUCACCUGACCCUUGCAUCAUGAUUGUUGUAAUUUAUUGACUUUUUUUUUUUGUACUACAAAAGUGCUUUUCAUCAGAAUCCACGGUAGCCCAGUUCAAAAUCCAAGGGCCAAGGCUAUCAAAAGCCACAACCACAGAAAGUUGCCUUGAAACCACUGGGAGGUUGGAAAUGUCUCACUCGGAGCUUACAGGGUCCCACCUCCAAACUACAAAAAACAUUUUUGGAUUUGACCGCCAGCAGCAUUAAGCAUCGGAAAUAUCUCGCUCUGAGUUUACAGGGUCACACCUUAAAAAGUUUCCAGCCAAAUAAUAAUAAAUAAAAAAAAACACUUAGAUCAAAUUUGAUUAUCUUCAGUCUGGAUACACACUAGCUCGCACCAAAUUUUGAGGACCAACGUUCGUGGAUGUUCUGAGCGACUGCGUCGCUUUGUUUUUGGUUGCUCUCAAUCAAUAGUUGACGUUGUGGAAUUAUUUAGUAAGACGCCAUCUAGAGUGUAUUUUUAUAUUAGCUACCUCGGUUUUAACUAAUUGCUGCAUACGAUUUUUCAUUCCAGGGUGAACUCGCCUUUUUGUUUUCUGUUGGUUGUCAGUUGAUUAGGGCAAGGUGAAGCAUGCUGAGAGACAGACAGCGUGUCUGUCCUUUCUCUGAUAACACUUAUUCAGCAGAAAUUGCAGCAGCCAGGUCCCGGCCCCCGGGGGAGGAGGGGGGGCUCGGUUUGGAGCCGGCGGACAAUAAAGCACCAGAUGUCUCUGGAGCCACUUGGGUUGUUUCUCUUUGUUUUGUGGCAGCUGCUGACGUCUCUUUGGGAUUUUUUUUUUUUUUCUUGGUGUGACGUAAGAGCAAACAAUGCCAGGCCGCCAAGAGAGGUUCUGGCGGCCAGCGCGCGUUUUCACUCAAGUCUUCACACUAAUCCGGCAACCGAGCUGCCGUUUUGUGAACGGGGCAAGAUGAUUCCGACCAGUCCGGACAUGAUUGAACGGACAAAUACAGAAAGUUCAUCUCAGAGUUGCGGCAAAAACAAUGGUGCCCAUGGGAACAAAUGUCUUUUUUCGUUGUUUCGAAGAUGCUAGAGAAAAGUUUUAUGUGCAUUUAGAGCAACUAAACAAAUGUGAAUUUCAAAGGAGUAUCAGGGCCACCCUUUUUUUUUUUUCCAGAUAAAAUUAAACUUGAUUCUUGCGCUUUAAAAACACAUUCUCAUAAUGUUUCAAACUUUUUGGGAUAAAAUUUGAUUUGAAUCUUUAAAUAACAAGUGGCCUUAAUAGUCCUUUGUAAGGUAUGACUUCUUGUCAUUUAGGAAAGUGUAUUUAUUGGAGGCCGAUCUUUAAUUCUUGUAUUGUUCAAUAAACGCUGUAGCCUCGUUGACAGCAUUCACUUUC